AUGGAUGUUACUGAUUUGUAUACAAUGAUUCCUCAAGAAGAAGGAGUAACAGCCAUAAAAAGAUUAAUUGCAGCAUCUGGUUUAAAACAAAUCGAUGGUGUUAAAAAAGAGAUUAUAUUAGCUCUUACCAGAUUUGUUAUAACAAAUAAUUAUUUCUAUUUUGAUGGGUCAUAUUAUAAACAAAUACGUGGAGGAGCUAUGGGCUCACCAUUGACCCUGACAAUAGCGAAUGCAUACAUGUAUUUUGUUGAACGGCCAAUUGCAAAAUGGACCAAUACGACAUGUUCAUUAUAUUAUAGAUAUAUUGAUGAUCUAUUUAUCAUGUCGAAUGUACAUACAGACAUAUUAAAAGGUCUUGUGAAAUUCUGGAAUAGGAUCGAUAAUAAUAUUGAAUUUUCAGAAUCCCUAGGACAGACUGCAGAGUACCUCGACGUUAAACUUGAAAAUAGAGGAGGUAAAUUGACAUCUGAGGUUUUUCAUAAACCAUCAUAUGAACCAUAUUUCCUCCCUUACACAAGUACACAUGCACGUCAUAUAAAAGAGAAUAUUCCUUUUGGAGCUCUAGUAAGAGCUAUACGUUAUUGUUCAAGUUAUGAUAUUUAUAAAUGUGAACAAGCUCAUAUUUGUGUACCAUUACUCUUGAACAAAUACCCAUUGGAUUUUAUUCUAGAACAAUUUGAAAGAGUCUCACAGACAUUUCAAUGUACGGUGCCUACACAGGAGAAUUUCUUAGAUAUAAGAAAGAUCCUUCUUAAUGCCACAGAUAAUAAUGCAAGGAAGGCUGAAAUAGAUUUCAAAGUUAAUAUUAUGUGUCAUUUUUCCUUUUGUAAAGGAAUGCAUGAUUUUUCGACCCGUUUUCACAAACUCUGGGCCGAUUUUUUUUUGUGACACAGCCAUUUGUAACAUGAUACCGAUUGUUGGUUCUAAAAGAUUAGAUAAUCUUCAAGAUUACCGUGUUCAUAAGGAGCCAGAUAAAUCAGCACUUAAAAUAUAUACUUAACUUAUCGUUAUGGGUUUUACAUAACCCUAACGAUGAAGCUGGUCCUCGCAUCGGUAUGGGUUUUUACAUAGCCCUAACAAUGUAACUGGUUCUGUUGCUGGGUUUUACAUAACCCUAACGAUGUAACUGGUCCUGGUAUCGGUGUUAAUGAUAGCGCUGUUUAUUCAACAACAACUGCACUUUAACUUAUGGUUUUCCGAUAGUUUCCGGUGGUAUAGAUACACAACAUGAACAAUAUAUUUUUGUUUUUAUUUGUAUUUGUAUUUUUGUACGCACUGGAGGCCCCUCUGGCCAAAGGGCAUCGUCGUUGGGCUCUUCUAGCCCUCGAUGACAUAUAUUUUUCGUCGUUGGGCUCUUCUAGCCCUCGAUAAUAUAUAUUUUUUUCGUUUUUUUAUUAUUAUUAUUAUUGUAAAAGUUUUUCGUUUUCUGUAAAGUUCUGAUGAAGUGGGGUCACAAUCCUACAGAAACUAGUCAAUAAAAAAAAUUUUACAAAAGAAGAAAAACUUUAUUUUUCUCGAGAGAGUAUAUUGGCAAAAGAUAGAUUAUAUCUUUAUAAGAAUAAUCGACUACCCUUUUUCAUUCGAAGUAGCAAAAAAUGUAUAAACUUGAAUUGUAUUG